AUGUCUUUCUUUGGCUCAAGUGUUCAAUCUAAGAAGGAUGUUGAGGUGCCCUCUCCACCUACUGAUACAGUUUCUUGUAUAAAAUUUUCACCUGCUAACACUAAUUCCACAAAUACAUAUUUGGCUGGAACCAGUUGGGAUAAUCGUGUUCGCGUUUGGGAAGUGGCUUCUAAUGGAUCAGCGAAUCCAAAAGCCGAACAGAUGCAUCAAGGUCCUGCUUUAAGUUUAUGUUGGAGUAACGAUGGUACGAAAUUAUUUUCCGCCGGAGCUGACAAAACCGCUCAAAUGUGGGAUCUUCAAUCAAACCAGUUUGUUCAAGUUGGCGCUCACGAUGCUCCAAUUAAAACAGUUCACUUCAUUCAGUCUCCCAAUUACACCUGCAUCAUGACUGGUGGUUGGGAUAAGAAAUUGAAGUUUUGGGAUAUGAGACAACCAAAUCCAAUGACAACUAUUGAUCUUAGUGAACGUGUUUACUGCGCUGAUGUUAUUUAUCCAGUUGGUGUUGUUGGUCUUGCCGGAAGACAGAUCGCCGUUUAUAGCUUAGAAAAUGGUCCUACUUCGGUUGUACAAAUUGAAUCCCCUCUUUCUCAUCAGAACAGAUGCAUCAAUAUUUUCAUGGACAAGCAAAAGCAAGCUCCAGCUGGUUUCGCACUCGGAAGCAUCGAAGGACGGUGUGCUAUUCAUUACUUCCAGCCUAGUGCUCCGAGGGAUAACUUCACUUUUAAAUGCCAUCGAUCACCUAAUGCAGAAGCUGGUUUCUAUGAGAUCUAUGCUGUUAAUGACAUCGCUUUCAAUCCCCUCUAUGGAACCCUAGCGACCGUCGGAUCUGAUGGUCGCUAUGCCUUUUGGGAUAAGGACGCAAGAACUAAACUUCGAGGUCUUGAUGUUCCAGAGAUGCCGAUCACUUGCUGUGCUAUCGAUCGGACCGGAAAUUUGUUCGCCUACGCCUGUGGAUAUGAUUGGUCAAAGGGACAUGAAUUCGCUGAUCCCAAUAAACCGCCCAAAAUUCUCAUUCGUCAAGUUAUUGAAGAAAUGAAACCCUCAAAGUAA